GGAACAAUCUGACUUCUCGAUUCGCGUUCCCGGAUGACCCGGUCAAGCAAGGCAAAUCUCACAUCACGUGCCGUUGGCCUCGUCACUUCUCUAAGCCACUUUCUCUCUUGCUGACUGACAAUUCAAAUGAGCCAUUGUGCAUCAUCCUGGCCAUCAUGGCUCGGAGGAAAUUUUAAGCUUCGAGAUUCGGGUAACAUUCACCGCUCUCGGUUUCCUUUCGACGUAAGCAGUAGUUCAAAGCUGCGCAUCGAUUUUUAGCUGUGGACGGGGCACAACAGCCAUUCGCCGAGAUCAGAGUGCAUCUUCAUGUAUGCUGACGUGAUUUAUUCUCUGGUUGCAAGUCCAAGACGAAAGGGAAUCUUUUCUACGUAUUGAUCUGACUUCAAAUUUUAACCUCAACAGAGUGCUGCUGGGAGUUCUUAUGCCAAUGGUAGAAUGCCCAGAAAAAUAUCAGAUGAACAGAGAGUGAAAAUAUGGAAGCCGAAGGUAAGGACGGGAUGUCGUACUUGCAGGUGAGUGACUCGAUCCUGACAGGAAUUCUCCGGAAACUUGCGUAACAUAAUUACAGAACUCGUCACUUGAAGUGCGAUGAGACUAAGCCAGCAUGUCUGAGAUGUGUGAGGAUGGGCUUUGUAUGCGAUGGAUAUGCGAAGCCCAAGCCCAUGCCGGUUGAACCAAGAGGUCUGGUUCCUCGAACUUUCAAAGAUCUGGUGCCGAAAGUCACUUCCCAGUCUCUGUCCCCUGAGCGGACUCUUUCAACCUACCACUUCGAGAAUCAGCAAGAGUAUCUCAGCUUCCAGAUAUUCUAUGAACGAAGCAUGUUUCAGUUUGUGGGUAGCGAAACUUCGGAUCUGUGGGAUCGAAUUGUAUUACAGGCCUGCGAGCAUCAAGGUGCCAUCCGGAAUGCUGUUGUUGCGAUCGGCGCUCUAAGUUGUACUUUGGACAGUAGCCGACCAGAAAAGGACCAAGUGUGUUUCGACCUGACAGGAAAAAAGCUCAAGGACGCCGACCGCCAUCAAUUUGCAUUGCAAAAAUACGGAUGUGCAAUCGGUCAGAUGAGGAGAGAUCUGGAGAGGGGCCAGUACGAUUUACGGACCACACUCAUUUGCUGCAUCCUGGUUGUAUGUUUUGAGCUAUUCGAAGGAAAUCAUGCUUCCGCACUCAUACACGCUACAUCUGGCCUGGAUUUGAUCAAUGAGCGGAGAAAUAAACCGCAGGAGAGUCACAUCACUGGCCAAAUGGAGAACUUUGAAGAGGGUUUGGGCGACAUAUUUAUGAGGUUGGACCGUACUGUGAAACCUUUUGCACUCGAAUCACUAUUCGAUGUCCAGUAUACGACCAGAGAUAGCUGGGAGAGCGCUCCAAAAGAACCUUUCAGAUCAUGCAAAGAAGCUCGGCGAGCCUGGAAUUGGACAGCGAAAAGUAUUUCUCAAUCCAUGGGGCUGGUCCAAAGAAGGACUUCUGAACUCGGAGAAGAAUUUCGGACGAGAACCACCUCACAUACUCCAAGUACAGACAGUGAAGACGACCUGGAAGAAGAGGCCCUGCAAGUCGAUUUGGUAUUCUCCAGAGCUCGCAGUCGACAUCGAUACCCGGAGUACGAGCUCGAGCUGCUUCUUCAGUGGUACACAUGCUUCCAACCCCUCUUCAACGAGUCCCGUUCAUCGAAUGACACGCAAUCCCGCGCAGAGGCUGCAUUUCUCCAAGGGAAGCAUCACAUCAACCUCAUCGCGCUCACAUGUGCUCAAUUCGAUGACGAACUCCAGUACGAUAACUUCACACCUAUCUUCCAAGAAAUAAUUGAACUGUCAGAGGAGAUUCUGAUUGAACAAAAGAGACCUGACUCUCAUCGACCCGUCUUCACAUUUGAUACAGGCGUCGUCGGCUUUCUUUGGGUUGUAGCCACCAAGUGUCGGGAUAGCGCAAUACGAUGGAAGGCUGUGAGCUUGCUGCGAGAGUCCCCGAAACGAGAAGGGAGAUGGCAUAGUGCUUUUGUCGCUAAGGGAGCAGCUGCUGUCAUCCACUUGGAAGAACAAAGUGUGGAGAAUAUGAUCAUCCCUGAGUGGGCUAGGAUCAAGACCGAGGGUGUGACAUUUGAGCUGGUGUCGAGAAAAGGCAUUCUGACUUACUCGCGGCUUCCUCGAUUCGGCGAAUUUGCGCUUAGAAAACGUAUUCGUGAGAAAAUGGAGGUCUUGUGGUAGAACUUAUCCUGGACCCUGUCGACACUCUAACCUGUGCAACAUUUCAACCUGCCUCUCUACCUCCACAUCAUUGGUUCGUUUAGGAUAUCACAGCAACAGAGCUCGGUUACGGCCAAUCCGUUCUGCUUGGAACAUAUCGAGCCUAGGACCCACUCCAAGAUUUAGAAGACAGUUCUUGUGAGAGAAGCAGAAGCAUUGGGGUGGCCGGGGUGUGCAAGUUCAUGAAGGUUGUCACGCAGGUCAACCCGUCGCAUCAACGGAAAGAGGUGAAGCACGUGAUAAUCGAGCGGGGUAACUCAAUGUAUAUAUGAAGUGGUACCACGAUGACAUCUCUGUCUUCGCUCGUACAUUAGGGAGC